UGUUUUCAAGAUGGCGGCAGGUUGAUUCGUUGUGAACAAGUGCACACUUUUCGCGUCUUUUGCCGGUUGCGCUCACAAGUAGUGUUCGGCGGGAAUGAGGAGCGCGGUUCCGUCAAGUGGACCGGAUGUCUCGUGUGAAGCAGACGGCGGUGCUAUGGCUGCUGAUUGCGAGCAGCUGUUUGUUCCUCCUGUUUCAGCUUUAUUACUACCGGAAGUACGUCGGCAAGUCUGGCCCUCGCCUCCUGAGUAGCACAGCUCACCUGACGGACCACAACCUCCAGUGGCAAACAGUGAAGACGUUCCUGGCGUUGUCACGCCAUUCCCACGUACCGCUGUUCCUCGCCGACGGGGCCGCGCUGAGGCAGCUGACCCAGGAUGCAUUGCAGCGAGGCGAGCGCGAGGAGCGCUGCAGCUUCCUGUGUACCGGCCGGCCCGUCACGUCCUUCGCCGUCCUCGCCAACUCGUGGAAGUACGACGCUGCUUUUUCCUCGGCUGCCGAGCAAAAGGGUUUUGAGGUGCUGGAGCUGCGAGGAGAAGAUCCCCGACUGGCCGGUUUGGACAUCCUGUCAGCGCAGGAGAUCCCUUUGCACCUUCUGCUCCGCCUCAACGGUUACUUUAUUCAGGUGGUCUUCCUGUACGAGCGUAGCGGCAACUACCUCUGGCACGGCCCGCUUCGCCUCAAAGCGAACACGGAUCGCGGCUUUGCGCCGUUCAAGCACCUGGACUUUGGACGCCACGCCGGCGCCUACAACAGGCCACGACUGAUACUGACCGUCAUGGACGGCCUCGACGUUCGAAUCCCGCAGAACAUAUCCGACUUCCUGUCCGAGCAGCGGCGAGCUCGCUUCCUGGAGUGCCGUCACCGUGACGCCCGGCGCUUCCUGCAGAGCUACCCGGACGACACGACUCCCGACGCCUUGGAUUUUCGUAACAAAGCCAAGUCUUUGCUCGGGUUGGCCGCACAAACCCUCACACGUCUCCACGUCCCGUUCUGGAUCAGCAGUGGAACCUGCCUCGGCUGGUUCAGGCAGUGCAGCAUCAUCUCAUACAGUCGUGACGUUGACAUCGGCAUUUUUAUCAGCGACUUCCGCUCCGACAUCAUCACUGCCUUCCAAGCGGUCGGCCUGUCACUCAAGCACAAGUUCGGAAAGGUGGAGGACAGCUUAGAACUUUCUUUCGUCAAGGACGACGUCAAGCUGGACAUCUUUUUCUUCUACCAGGAGCGAGAUAUCAUCUGGAACGGCGGCACGCAGGUCAAGAGCGGCAGGAAAUUCAAGUACACCUUCCCUCACUUCUCCCUGUGCUGGGCGGAGCUUGCGGAGGUCAAAGUUCGUGUCCCGUGUCAGACCCUGGACUACGUGACAGCCAAUUACGGCCCGUCGUGGAGCGUCCCGCUAAGGACGUGGGACUGGAAGUCUUCUCCGAGCAACGUGCAGGAAAAUGGGGUGUGGCCUCUCUCUCAGUGGGAGACGCUGAUUCAAGUUUACUGACUUUCUUCAAAACAUCCCUGCAUUCUUUCAUCUUACACUUGUAUAAAAAUACUUUAAAAAAAAACCCUGUGUGCCAUCAAUAAAAUACAUUAAAAGACAUGCAUGUCACCAAUGAAAUACAAAAAAAUAAUAAAGUACAAGAAAACCUUGUAUACUAUCAGUAAAAUACAUUAAAAACCUUGU